GGAGGCGAUAGGUGCGCUCGCAAUGUCAAACAGGUUGAGCGCAUCCGCCGUGCCUUCCUCUUCCGCGAGUUGGAGGAUACUUACGUCAGGCAAUACAUCCCGAAGUAUGACGGCUGUCUUUUGAGACGCACAUGACGACGAUGUUCGCCGACGUCGCGAAUCACCGAUCUCUCGCAUCGUCCUUGGCACGUCCAGUCGGAAUGUCAGCCGCAACCGCAGCCGCGGCUUCGUCGCGGGUCCGAAGCUUCGUCGAGCUCGCGAUGGACCGGCGUUCUCCCAUGGAUCGCGUCAAUUCUGUACGUUGAGUCACAUUUAUUUUCAUGCGAGCGUUGCGUCGCAUUGGCUCGCAACGUCGCCAGCACGUUGACAUUCAGCUCAAAUGCACACACAACUCCCCCGCCCUCACACACAUAUAUAAGUAAUCAUCAACGAAGUGACCGCUCCAACGAAAACGAAGGUGUGAGUAGUACAACUCGUGGUAUGCUACGUGGUGAGAGGCAACACAGCUAGAAGAGGAGCAGGGGACCGGCGCUAUGGUGCGUGUAAUAACGGUGCACAACUUCCUGGGGCAGAAUGUCAGCCAGAUCGAAGAGCCGAUGGCGAUGUGCACGGCCAGCAGCCAGGGCCGCGAGAUGCUCCUGCUGGCGUUGUCCACGCAUUGCGUGGAGGUGUGGGACUUGAUGAACUCCGACGUCAAGCUGCACACGGUUUUCCCCACGGUAGACAUGAUCAAUCAAAUGGCGCACUGCGCCAAGGGUGACUACGUCGUGACAUUGGAAUCAAAAUAUCUCAGAGAGAGCGUGAGCAAUAAUCAUGUGAGUAGAGCCACUUCUAAUUUUGUAAGGAUUUACGUCAAUUGGGCUGUGGUGAAGGAUCAGAGUCAAGCAAUGCGCGCCAGGAUCGCGGGACGCGUUACCCCGAGUCUGAAUCGGCCCUUGAACAGUCUGGAGAUGAUAGAGCUGCCUCUCAGUGUGCAGCCCACACUGGUCGCCUGCUGUCAAAGCACAGGUAACUUGCUGGUGGCUUCAGGGAACAGCGCUAUUCUGCACGAGUUCAAGCUGGAGACUCAACAGGUGUCUAAGAUGAAGUUCAUAGAUUUUGAGUCCAGACCAUGGUCCUUGGGCUUCACAUUCGCGCCCACCCAUAUGGAGAUCAUAGAGGACUUCAUAGCUAUAAUGGAUAAUACGAAUCUCUCUGUCUUUCGUCUCACGAAUUCAAUGUACGAGGACAUAGAUCAACUGAGCUCGUUAGCUUCGACGAAUUCCUCCUCAGUCGACAAGACAUCCAUAUCCACGGACUCGUCGCUUGUGGAGAACAGCAACAGCUUAGGGAACGACGAUGUAACGCCACAAGUGGUGACCACGAAACCCAAAUCCACAGAUCAAUCAGAUCGCCAGUCUGAAAGCAACGAAACCGUGCUGACUAGUCUGAUGUCCAGAGAUAAAAAGCACAGAGGCACCAGAGGCGGCAACACCUGGUGCAGAUUGGAGUCGAGCGACUUUAACCGAACGAGACCAAGUAAUAAUAAGAAUUACAUCGACUGGGAGCACUUGGUAUGCAAUGAGAAGGACGAGAUGCAGAGACUGAUCGCACAGGGUAUCAUUGAUUCCAAUUCGCAGCCGUUGACGGUGUGCCUGCCGUCAAUAAGUCUGGAGAGAGCUGGACCGGGUCACACGCUGAGCCCUUUCGUGCUGAACUCAGUGGACGUCAGGAUUUUCAUCAAGACAACUUCGCCGGACGUAGGCUGGUCUGAGAAUUACACCAUUAAAAAUCUAUUGUGCUUGAAGAUCAACGCCGGUAAUAGCAGCAAUAGCACCAAGUUGGACGGAGUUCUGGAGGUCUUCAGAUGUUUGGUAUUGAAGCCGUUGUAUCUGAAAAAAGAGUGUAACAUCACCAGCAUGAAGAAAUCUAUGCUGCGGUCCGGCAAGUAUAAGAACUUGCAGGGCGUAAGUUGUUUCGUUUGCACAAUGCAGGAGGGCUACCUCUAUCACUUUAACGCGGCGAGCAACAGCUCCAUGGAUGCGACGUGUUUGACCACUUACCCAUUCACUGCGCCUGUUUAUCAUGUCGCGCUGGAACACACCGUGCUUCAUGCGCUAACGGAAGCUGGUCUCGAAUCCUAUACUUUACGUCUGUCCCAUCACAUCGCCAAACUGUCGAGCAGUACCGACGGUACCAAUCCCACAACUUGUCCUAGUCUCAAUGAACCAGUCUGUCUGAUCGGUUUGAGGCCGUUUCUAGGAAUACAGAAGCUGUUACACACCAGAAGCUAUAUAGUUCUGCUGGCGAAAGCGGACAGCUCGUGGACUAUGUAUUCCUUGAAUCUGCCUAGUCUUGAGAACGUAUACUUCGACAUCCUGAACGCCGCGAAGAAUCACAGGUCCUCCAGCCCAAGCACCUACCGGCACCUGUUGGGAGAGGCGCACGCCUUGAUACGUUUGGCGAAAGACGUUUUCUACAACGACAAUAACGAUGAGUUCGAUGACGUGACACACAAAAAUGAUCUCAAGCUGAAGAAUCUCUACAAUCAGUCAUGCGCGUUACUCGCGGAUUACUACAUACGAUCGGAAACCGAGUCCGAUUGGGACUUGUGCAUACCUUACUACAAGAUGUCUGGAUUGAAACCUUCUGAGGUAUUGUCCAGGAAGUGCAGCCAAGAUGCGCCAGGGCUGCUGACGUUCUUGACGAACACGCUUCUUACGAUGAAGAACGGUUCUGAAGCGGACGCGCUUUUCCAAGGAUACAAUAUCAUGGAGAUCAUCGGUAAGCUGGAGAGAGAUAAUCUGUUGAAGCUGAUCUUCGGCAGCGCCAUCCUAAGGGAGUACGCCACCGAGAAGCUAAUCAACGUGCUGUUGACUCACGAGACUGAUGACACCGUGAAGCUCGCUUUAGCGAUUCUCUACAUCCAAGCAGACAAGCAGAAGCAAGCGGAGAAAGCGUUGGAGUCGGUUUCUGCGCGAUGCAUCAAGCAGAUCGUCCUGGAGCGCUGGGAGUUGCUGUUCGACGUGACCGCCAUGAAGAAGAGGAGUCCUAUGAUCCCCACCUUCUCGGAUUUCGCUGGCACCCUGAUGCUCAUCAAGAACACCACCUUUGCGGAUAUUCUCAUACGAAUCAUCGAAAACGAAGGUACGUUGUCCUUGCAUCAAAUUAUACAGGUGUUCUUGGAGUAUCUGCCGUCGCGAGUUGGCAGGGAUGGGCACAACGCGGCCGCUACGUUGCAAGCCUUCCUCGAGAAGUAUCUGCACAACUACUUCAGCUCCAAAUCCAUGACGGAAGGUGCGAUCGUGAGUAAGAAUCAGGUGCGCGCAGACUUCGCCCUCGUCGAGGCGUUCAAGUUACUGGUGCGGUCUUAUUUGGGCAAGCUGACGCAGACGAAGGUCUACAACACCGAGUCGAAGGAAAACCAGGAGAACGACAACGAAUAUUUCAUGUUUGCUAAAUACCGACCGAGCUACUUGAAUAAAAUGCCACCGUAUACCAAGGAUUAUCAAAAGAUCUUGAAUAUGAACGAUUUUAAGGAUUUAGCAAAUGUCAACCACGCGUCCGAGAGCGAAAAAGUCGUACCCAAAGAGUUGUUCAAGUUGCAAUCCGUGCUGUCGUGCGAGUUCCUGCCGGUGGAAUGUUUGCACGAAGUCCGACAGUUUCUCGAAACGCAGAAUAUCGAUGGAGGUUUGUCCCUCAAGACCUUGUGCAUCCAAAACACAGAGGAAGUCACAACGAUUCUGAUGGAUAACUGCUCGCAGGCGGUAUUACAGUAUGCGAAGGAUAAGUAUACCAAGGACACCGAGUGGAAAUACCUUAUCGAAUUAACACGAGAUAAGAUCGCCAUGUCAACAACGCAACAGGAGCUACAAUGGCUGUAUACGCAGAUUAUGAAAGAGAUUAUGAACUAUUUGCCGCACGUGUUGUCCAUGAAGAGUCUACAUCGCAUCUUACCGAGGGAUGACAUUGCGGCGUUUCAGAGAUGCACCGAAAUGUGCAAUCAAAUCAUGCAUGCGGACCAUGUGAAGUCGUUGAUCAUGGAGACUGGGCAGCAACUCUUGACGACGCUGAAGUUUUGAAGAUAAGCUUCUUACCAAAUAUCACUUAAUUAGCUAGUCAGUUUCUUUAGACCAACUAGGAGGGGAUUUUUUGAUUCGGGAAACACGAGUACCGCAAUAUCGGUGUUUUUUUAACAGCGAAAUACGGCGGAGUAUUAUUAUAUACUUGUGCACACAAACACACUUGCGAUUAACUAUUUCUACGAACUUUCAGACUAUGUUCCUGAUCCGAUAGUAAAGCAUGAUGAAACGACGUUUGUUAGUCGAUAGGCGUGCCGACUCACGCAUUUAUAACGAUAAUAGGCAACUUUCAUCUUAAUUAUACAUAUAUAUAUAUAUAUGUGUAUAUAUAUAUAUAUAUAUAUAUAUAUAUAUAUAUAUAUAUAUAUAUAUAUAUAUAUAUAUAUAUAUAUAUAUAUAUAUACACACAUGAACAAAGAAACUCGGAGAUAAAUACUAUAGAUAGAAAAUUUGUCUAUAACUAACUGUUGAAUCGCACGCGCGACUGCGCGUUCUAUAUAGAUAUAUUAUAAUACGACUAAAAAUGUAAAAUCUGUCCCAAAGCAAGUGUGCGGUGCAGUAAUUGAAAUGUGCGAGAUUUAAAGUAGCACACGUGGAGUCUAACAAUUUGAAGUGCAAUACCGUUUGUAUUGAAAUAUUCGUAACAAUUUAUAAUUGAUCUUAUAUAGAGGUAAUACUACAAAGAUCGCCGAGUGCUACACGGAAUUGUACGAAAGUUUGUUACGGUUAGUUGUCACAAAUUCUGUCUGCUGUGGGACAGAAGGUAUAUCUUUAGUGAGAUGAAUUUUACAAAAAUAGUUUUUAUCAAAUUUGUUGAUCUUGACGACGUAGCUUUACGUAAUCGACUUUUCAGUGUUACAAAACAUGUAACUUUGAUGUGCCUUUAGGAAUGAUUUCUCUUUAUUAAAAAUCUAAUAUAAUUAUGUUAAAAUUGAUCGAUAUUUAUAAUUCAUUACAGUAAGAUAAAUAUAUAACACGUAAUAUCCAA